AGUGUAAUCGCAACACGACAACCAUAACAAUUAGUCAGACCGUGAGAGGGUACAGCCUGCAGGUCAGCCUUCACUUUAAGACCGUGAGAGGGUACAGCCUGGUCAGUCUUCACUUCUGAGAUCUCACAUACAGCGAUACGACUUCGGAUUAGGGUAAUGAUCAUCUGAAAGGCCUACCCAUUAAAUCCCACGAUGAGCUGUUCACAGGAAUUCCCCUACUCGGCAGUGUUGUAUUCAGAGCUGGGAGGAGAGACGGGGACAAUAGCUGUCACUGCCAUAGCCUGUGUCCUUUCAUUUAUUACACUUGUCAUUUUCCUCGAAGAGGUUUGGUUCUUUUUCAAACAAUAUAAUGACAAGAAAACGAGACCUAAGAUUUUAUGUCUUCUGGCUGUAUACCCGAUCAUAUCAUGUAAUGCAUUGCUGAGUCUUCUGAUUCCCAAGGCCACACCUAUAGCGGAAUUCCUAAGUGCACUGUUCCUGUCGUUUUGCAUCCUACAGUUCAUCAGACUUGUUGUCGACUAUUUUGGCGGUACCACUGCCAUGAUACAAGCUUUUGAGAACGAAACAAUAUCCUUCCGGACGCCGCCAUGUUGUUGUUGUUGUUGCUGCCUUUCCAACGUUAAACUCACACGAAAAACGUUACAGAUGAUCAAGAUCAUGGUGAUGCAGCUGUGUUUGGUCCGUCCAGGAAUCCUGUAUGUGUUGAGUAUACUACACAGUGAUGGCCGUUAUCACCUGGACCAGAGUUCAGAACCAACAGAAAUUUUUUUAUGGCUGAAAAUUAUCUCUGCAAUUUCUACGAUAUUCGCUAUAUACGGACUCAUUGUGACCUUCUUUGCCGCCAAACGGAAGUUAACACAACCGAGGUUGCCCUUAAAAGCUGCCUCACUUAAACUGACACUUCUCGUGUUUGACAUACAGCUUACCAUAAUAUCUACCCUGGCUAAAUACGAGAAGAUUCCGUGUGAGGGAAGUCGCGGUUCAUUUGUGAGGGCAUCAAGUAUCCACAACUUCAUGCUUGUCAUAGAGAUAUUCUUACUGGCGGUAAUGGCCCGAUUUGCAUAUCGAAUCAAGCACCAACCAGCGAUCUCAAGCUAUACAAAAGAACUUAAAGAGAUGAAUGUGUAAACUGUGACUAGAAACACAACGGGAGAUGGACACAUCCUUCCAGAGUGACUUCGUACCCAACUGUUUACACCGACACGUGCCUCAUAUAUCAUACUAUCUCUGAUGUCUUAACUCUUUAUUGUGGACGAAAAAUCCCUAGUCUUAAUGACUUGUUGUAGUUUCAUCCUUGGAUUGAUGUAGUUACCUGUAUAUUGUUGACGAAAUAUUCCUAAUUAACGACAUGUUAUAAUUUCCCUUAGUGUUGAUGAAGUUACAAUGUACCUGUAUAUUGUUGACGAAAUAUUCCUAAUUAACGACAUGUUAUAAUUUAGUUUCCCUUAGUGUUGAUGAAGUUACAAUGUACCUGUAUAUUGUUGACGAAAUAUUCCUAAUUAAUGACAUGUUAUAAUUUCCCUUAGUGUUGAUGUAGUUACCUGUAUAUUGUUGACGGACUAUUAUUUUCAUUUAAACUUAAUCUGCAAUCAUUAGUUUCGCUGUUAUAGCCUUAUAGUGAUAUAGCUGUAUGUAGUUAUCUUUUAUUGUUAAUGCUAUUUUAAGCUACAUGUGUUAUAGUUAUUGCUAUUAACGGUUUCAUGAUUAACCAGAGUUGUUUUUAUUCUGAUAGUUAUUUUUACGUUUUUACUCCUUUCCACAAUACUCUAAAUAUUUUUACUACUUAUCAUUAUCAAUUUUCAACGAAUAUAUAAACAUAUUAAACAAUACGUGAAUAUUGAAGUCCGUCAAUACUUUUCUGAUAGUAUUGUCUUUAUCAAUACAUAUUUACAUGGCCUUUUUAUUACUCUGUAUUUCUUUUACAUUUUGAUACGGCUUGUAAUCAUAUGUGCAAUCUUUACUCAUUAUUCUUGGACUGACUGUACUAUGUUUUAACCACUUUACACCAAAACCGUAUAAUUACAGCUGUACCGGUCUCGACACAUUAUGAUGUCCUUUUGAUCGGUCUCUCGGGCAUUGUCCGGUUAAUAAAGGUCUUAGCUAUCCAGCCUCGUACCUUAUUAUCCAUAUGUUAUCGUUAUGUUCAUGUAUUUAUACGAUAGACAGGGUAAAUAUGUUUAUCUGAUUGCUUUAUGUUCCUAAAUGUUGACCCUUUCGUCGAAUGGAAAACAGUUCAGGAUGCGUGCAAUAUUUAUAUCUACAAAAUUGUUAUGCAGUAUUUUUGUCUACUUUGGAAAAAUGUUCAAAAUAUCAAUGCUGAUUAGAAUACCAAACAGUAUACACAUAUACACUAAUUUGUGGUAAUCAUUGAUCAACUUUUAACGUGCUAGAUAAUAUCAAUAUCUUAUUUAUUGGCCUUCUGACUACAGUGGAGAGGGGUGAAGGUAAUGUAGACUAUAACACAUGCUUAAAGAUAAUCCACCAGAUGAACUCCUUUAGUCGGGAAACAUUAUUCACAAGGAAAUUCGAAAUUUGUAAUAUUUGAUGAUCAAAUCAAUACAACGAAUCACUUUUGUUAUUUGUCCUUUUGUCUGUACAUGCACAUUUUAUACUUUCAAUCAGUGUUAUAUAAUGCGUUCGUUUUAGUAUUCUGCGUGUAGAUUGGGAAUGACCUAGUAUUUCAAACAAGGUAAUGGUCAUAGAAAGUUAGUAAAUUUUAUAUUGUAAAUCCUAGCUCAUGUAUAUUGUAGUAGAAUCCGUUCUAUGGUAUUAGGAUAUACUUUAUGUGUUAUCUAGUAAAAUCCGUUCUAUUGUAUAAGGAUAUACUGUAUAUGUUAUCUAGUAGAAUCCGUUCUAUUGUAUAAGGAUAUACUGUAUAUAUUAAGUAGAAUCCGUUCUUUGGUAUUAGGAUAUACUGUCUGUGUUAUCUAGAAGAAUCCGUUCUAUGAUAUAAGUUUAUACUGUAUAUAUUUAGUAGAAUCCGUUCAAUUCAUCGUCUACACUGUUUAUAAUAUACAUAUGUGUAUGGCAAGCCAAGUUGUCAUUUAUUCGUGGAGUAAUGUUUAUGCAGUAUUUUACCAAAUUAUGUAAGAUAUCUUAUAUGUUUAUAAUAUAUUUUAUAAAUUAUAUAAGAUAUCUCAUAAAAGAUAUAAAAUAUCUUAUACAGAAAAGUUUAUAAGAUAUCUCUAUAAAGAACGAGACUUUCGUGAGACCGGCAAAACCUAAAAGUACGAGAAUGACUGCUCCCUCUGUAAGGUAACUUCCGUUUUGUUGGAAGGCAUGCUGAACAUACGGAGCAGAUAUGGCAAUUAUAAAUCUGUUUCAAACCAUUAUAUGUAGUUUCAGCUUCAUCUCGGCUACUUCAUCGAGUCGAGGAGAGUUCAUUAUCUCAAAUUCAAAUCUCGUUCUUUAUAAGAUAUCUUAUAUAAUUUCCUUUAUAAGAUAUCUUAUUCAAUUUUCUUAAUAAUAUAUCUUGUAUCUUUUAUGAAAGAAAAGUAUAUAAGAUAUCUUAUAUAAUUCUAUUCUAACGACAAAAGUAUCCAUUAUUGGAUUUAAAAUGUUGAAUUAUACAUCGCAAUAUUUUAUCUUGAACUUUGAACUGUUUCACUGUUAUAUACAUACGCUUGUUUUCCUUACAUUUAUAUACGGAGAUGAAUAGACGAACUUAUUUUCUAUAAGUAAAGGAUCGACAAACA